AUGAAAGAACUGGAAUACACAGAAUCUGCCCAGUUUAAAUGUGACUUUGUAUGGUUUGUGGUUGCUGCACCUGUCCUGGAUGGCAGUGUCAUCACAGCAAAGCGAACAGCUGCAGUUUCUGCCAUUGCUACCAAGGUCAGGAUAUGGAAUCGCAGCAAGGAGAAAGCAGAGAAGUUUGCCAGCUCUGUCCAUGGUCCCGUGCGGGUUUGCUCCUCUGCCCAGGAGGCCGUUGUUGGGGCUGAUGUGAUUGUAACAGUCACCAUGGCAGCAGAACCCAUCCUGUCUGGGGCCUGGGUAAAGCCAGGUGCCCACAUCAAUGCUGUUGGAGCAUGCAGACCAAACUGGAGAGAACUGGAUGACAAACUGAUGAAGAAUUGCUCUCUCUUUGUGGAUUCCAGGGAGGCAGCUUCUGAAGAAUCAGGAGAUGUUAUAUUAUCAGGGGCAGAGAUUUUUGCUGAGCUGGGAGAGGUAUUGAAGGGUACAAAACCAGCCCUGCCUGAGAAAACAACAGUGUUUAAAUCCUUGGGGCUGGCGGUUGAAGAUGCAGUAGCAGCAAAAUUUGUUUAUGAUGCGUGGUCAGCUGCAAACUAAAGGGGAAGUCUACAAUGCCAAUGAGGCCAAGAGGAUUGUUUGCUCUUAGUUUCUUUGGAUCCUUUGUUAACAAGAAAGGCACCAGUCCUAUCUGAAUGUGGCCCUUCUAGAACACU